GUCAGGCCAUCUGCCGGGGUGGGACCCAGCGCCCGUGCUACAAGGUUGUGUACUUCCACGAUGUGUCCCGCAGGGUGGGCUUCCGGGAAGCCUUUGAGGCGUGCAGAAGAGACGGGGGGCACCUGGUGAGCAUCGAGUCGCAGGCGGAGCAGAGACUGAUAGAGAAGAUCAUUGCGCAUCUCUCGGCUUCCGACGGCGAUUUCUGGAUCGGGCUCACACGAGAAGAGGACCCAGACAACAGCACGGAAUGCCUCGACUUGUACUCCUGGUCCGACGGAACCUCCUCUGUGUUUCGGAACUGGUACAUAGAUGAGCCCUCCUGCGGAAGUGAAAUCUGCGUCGUGAUGUAUCACCAGCCCUCGGCGCCUCCUGGUGACGGCGGCCCGUACAUGUUUCAGUGGAAUGACGACAGAUGCAACAUGAAGAACAACUUUAUCUGCAAAUACUCUCUGGAAAAAGCAACCGUCACUUCUGAAACGAACGCCUCUCAAGCAGAUGCCGUAACGGAGCCUGCGAUGCUCGCACCCCCAGAAGAACCCGUUAAAGAAGAUGUAAAUAAUAUAACUGUCAAAGAAGCCAAAGAUCCUCUUUGGAGCCUUGCCUACAUCUUAGUCCCCAGCAUUCCUGCCUUGCUCCUCCUGUUGGUCAUCACAGCCAUCUUCAGCUUCUGGCUCUGCGCAAGAAGGAGACGGGAGCAGACGGAAGCAAAUAUAAAGGGUCAGGACACCUGGCUGUCUCCCCACAGGCAGACCAGCCCCAGUUUGGAGAUAUACAACGUCAUUAGAAAACAAUCGGAAGCCGAUCUAGGCGGGACCAGACCAGACAUUAAGAACUCUUCAUUCCGGGGCCGUUUGGGAGACGACGCUCCCGACGACCUCUCCGGAGACUAUGACAAUAUGGCCGUCAAUACCUCAGAAAGCGGCUUUGUGACGUUGGCCAGCACGGAAAGCGGUUUUGUCACCAACGAUAUAUACGAGCUGUGCAACGACAGAGUAGGGCGAAGCAAGGAGUCCGCUUGGGUCGAAAAUGACAUCUAUGGCUACUGAAGAAGAUCUGGCUCGGGGAUACUGACUAAAGCAGGAUGAUAUCUACUCAGGACCAGUUUUGGCACGCAAAGAC